UUUUUAGUCAAGAGCGAGUCGUCGAGCGGAUCUGGACACCAGCCAGCCAGAAAUACAUAUUCGCGAAUAGCAAUCUAUAGGAAAAACCAGAGGCAAUAUGUCUUUUUUCACAAAAUCGCUGCUCUUUCGUGGAGUGGGUGGGCGCCACUACAGCGCAGCGGCUCAGGCUCAAUUGAGGGAGAUCUUGGGCAGCCAGCUGGCCGGGAUUAAGGAGGCGGGCACCUUCAAGGCGGAGCGAAUCAUCACAUCUUCGCAGAGCACUCAGAUAACAGUGCAAGGCAGCGAUAAAAAGAUACUCAACUUCUGUGCCAACAACUAUCUAGGACUGGCGAACAAUCCGGAGAUCGUGGAGCACAGCCAGAAGCUGCUGGAGCAGUAUGGCGCGGGUCUGAGCUCAGUGCGUUUCAUUUGCGGGACGCAGGAUAUACACAAACAGCUGGAAAAGAAGAUAGCCCAGUUCCACGGACGCGAGGAUACCAUUCUGUAUGCCUCCUGCUUUGACGCCAAUGCCGGUAUCUUUGAGGCCAUCCUCACGCCGGAGGAUGCGGUGUUCUCCGAUGAACUAAACCACGCAUCGAUCAUUGACGGUAUCCGUUUGUGCAAGGCCAAGAAACAGCGCUACAGGCACCGGGACUUGGGGAACUUGGAGGAGCAGCUGAAGGCAAGCGAUGCUCGGCUCAAGCUGAUCGCCACCGAUGGUGUGUUCUCCAUGGAUGGAAACAUCGCACCACUGGCCCGCAUCGUUGAGCUGGCUAAGAAAUACAAUGCCCUGGUCUUCGUGGACGAGUGCCAUGCUACGGGCUUCUUUGGCGCCACGGGACGUGGUACCGAGGAGUACGACAAUGUCAUGGGUGAGGUGGACAUCAUAAACUCGACCCUGGGCAAGGCACUGGGUGGAGCAUCCGGUGGAUACACCACGGGACCCACCGAGCUUAUCUCGUUCCUGCGCCAGAAAUCCCGGCCGUAUCUGUUCUCCAACACCCUGCCGCCAGCCGUGGUGGCCGUUGGCCUGAAGGUGAUGGACAUGCUCCUCCAAUCCAGCGAGCUCACCCAGCGCGUCCAGAGCAACACGCAGCGCUUUAGGCAGGCCAUGACCAAGGCUGGAUUCACCAUAGCCGGCGAGAACCAUCCCAUCUGCCCUGUUAUGCUGGGUGACGCUCGGCUUGCCUCUAAGUUCGCCGAUGCGAUGCUAACCCGCGGCAUCUACGUUAUCGGAUUUAGCUAUCCGGUGGUUCCUCAAGGAAAGGCACGCAUCCGUGUUCAAAUCUCCGCUGCCCACACGGAAGCUGAAAUCGAUCGGGCCAUUAAUGCGUUCAUUGAAGUCGGUCGCUCUCUGAAAGUAAUUCAGUAAAAAUGGAAAUAAAACUGAGUCCAGUAUUGAAUAUUGCAUUUAUAUUAAA